CAUUAUCACCAAAUCAAUCAAUUCUUUCUACCAAAAAAAAAAAAAAAUCAAUUAAUUCUUUAUUUAUACUUAACAUUAAAGUUCCAAAUUUUGCGAGAAAUCUCCAAAUCUCUCUCUCUGUCUCUCUGCUUCAAUGCUUCCUUUAUGAUUGAGGGAGAUAUAGAUACUCUGUUCGUAAGUUUCAGGUCUCCAUGGCCACUCUUCCUAAGCUUUACGUCUCUUCACAGAGCUUCCAAGAUCACUCCAGGACUGCUCAGAAGUUGAAAUUCAGGCGAUUCUUUGGCCGGAAACCUGCAACACUCGAUGCUAUUUCUGUUAUCGGCCAAUUGAAUGGCUGUAGUGGAUUUACUGUCCUACCUUGCAGGUCUUUCAGAUCUGAAAAUGGAGGAGAGUCUAUACAGAAGCAGAAGAGUGAGGGGAACAAAGAUGAGCAGAAUCCUUUCCCGGAGAAGAAGCCAAAUGGUUUUUUCCAUUCUCUAAAAUCUCUUCUACCGUCAGAAGGAGAGCGUCAUAACACUCUGGCGAAAGCGGAUGAAUUUUUCUUCUCUAUUGCCACCCAAAUUGGAAGAUAUGUUGUAACCAUGAUGAGCACUGGAGCAAUACUUGCAAUUGGAUUUCGGUUGUCAGGUGGCGACAGUCAGAUGAAUACUCUGAUUUGGUAUAGCUGGCUUGGUGGAAUCAUUAUCGGAACAAUGAUAGGGGCUAACCUCGUUUUAGAGGAACACUGUAGAGCUGGUCCACGGAACGUUGUCGUCACCGGAAGUACGAGAGGACUGGGCAAAGCACUUGCCCGGGAAUUUCUUCUUUCUGGAGAUCGUGUUGUCGUCGCUUCUCGCAGCCCUGAGUCGGUACAAAUGACCGUGUCUGAGCUUGAAGAGAACCUGAAGGAAUGUAUGCUCACUAGGGGUGGCACAUCCAGAGAAAAUAUGAAAUAUGCGAAGGUGGUUGGUAUUGAAUGUGAUGUUUGUGAACCUGAAGAUGUUAGAAAGUUGGCUAGGUUUGCUGUAAAUGAACUUGGUUCCAUAGAUAUUUGGAUAAACAAUGCUGGCACUAACAAAGGUUUUAGACCCUUACUGGAGUUUACAGAUGAAGAAAUCGGGCAGAUUGUCUCGACAAAUUUGAUUGGAUCUUUAAUAUGCACACAAGAAGCCAUGCAUGUGAUGAGAUCCCAGGAGAAAGGUCACAUUUUUAACAUGGAUGGUGCAGGUUCAGGGGGUUCUAGCACCCCCUUGACAGCUGUCUAUGGUUCCACAAAGUGUGGCCUAAGGCAGCUUCAAUCAUCACUUUUGAAAGAGUGCAAGCGUUCUAAGGUUGGAGUACACACAGCAUCUCCAGGCAUGGUCCUUACAGAUUUGCUUCUGAGUGGCUCGAGUCUUAAAAACAAACAAAUGUUCAAUAUCAUCUGUGAGCUUCCAGAAACGGUUGCAAGAACUUUAGUUCCUCGGAUGAGGGUAGUAAAGGGAACUGGAAAAGCUAUAAACUACUUAACGCCACCAAGAAUCUUGCUUGCUUUGGUCACUGCUUGGUUGCGACGAGGUCGUUGGUUUGAUGACCAGGGAAGAGCAUUAUAUGCAGCAGAGGCAGAUCGAAUUCGUAACUGGGCUGAAAGCCGGACUCGUUUCUCUUUCACAGAUGCAAUGGAGAUGUAUACAGAGAACACUUGGGUUUCAGUGCUUUCUCUUUCUGUUGUCUGUGCCUUCAUCAUUCUUUCUAGUUCAGGUGGCACAUUUCCAGGCACCUGAGCUUUCUUCAAGACGUCCACCAGUGAAGCACAAGAUUAAGUCAUCCCUUAAUGCCCUGUCUUGGCUACUUACACAUACAAGCAACAGAAAGCUACAACAUGAGCUACAGAUCCAUGGAUUUUCCUGCAUCCUUUCUUAACACUUUCUCCUACAAUCUGCAGAAGUAGGGCAUCUUGGGCUAUAAAUCAGAAACCCCUCUGUUUUAACACACCCACAUACAAAACAUUACAAAGUUUGUUUCAACUCAGCAUUCUCCAUUGGAAUGCUUGUUGCAUGUAACACCUUUCACUAUUUGUAAAGAAAUUCUACCUCAACUAUUCUUUACGGAUGACUUGUGUAUGAAAUCGUUAAAUGUAUAUCAUGCAUUAGGAUCCUAUUAUCCUCUUAAGUUGUACCUAUGCUGCUUAGAACUAGGUGAUCAUGGUUUUGAAUAAAAUAGAUCCGUACAUUAAAAUA